GAACACCUGAGUAAAGGCAGCCCCUAGUGUCGCGUCUCGAUUGCGAAACAACAGCAACGACGAGGAGAGGAAUACCUAUAAAAGAGAGAAAAGAGGUGAACGCCAGCGACGCUUGCAUAAUGAAAAUCUGGACGUCCGAGCAUGUCUUCAACCAUCCAUGGGAGACUGUUACCCAGGCCGCCUGGCGAAAGUACCCAAAUCCAAUGACACCGUCUAUUAUUGGCACCGAUGUCGUGGAGCGUAGAGUGGUAAAUGGAGUUCUGCACACUCACCGUCUCGUUCAAUCCAAAUGGUAUUUCCCGAAGUGGACGCACGCACUGAUUGGCACGGCGAAGACUUGUUUUGCCAGCGAACGUUCCACUGUGGAUCCGCAGCGUAAACAGAUGGUCUUAAAGACAAAUAACUUAACAUUUUGCCGCAAUAUCAGCGUUGACGAGGUUCUCUACUACGAGCCACAUCCGGGCGAUGCAACCAAAACGCUGCUCAAACAAGAGGCAACAGUAACAGUCUAUGGCGUGCCUCUCUCACAUUAUAUGGAAGAUUUGCUAACCUCCACGAUUAGUUCGAAUGCGGGCAAGGGUCGCCAGGGACUCGAAUGGGUCAUUGGCCUGAUCAAUACGGAGGUGAAGAGCAUUGCCGAUUCAGCUGCACGGGGCACAGACGAACUGAUACACAGUACGAGGCGUUCCAUUGACGAGGUCACGGAGAGCGCGCGAAAGAGUAUGGAUGAGAUUGGCGCACAGGCGGCCAAAGCGGCGAAAGCCAUGCACAUAACAUAGAUGCUAUCGAUAACGAGCAUAGAUAACCAUAUUUGUAAGUGGAGCCGUUAUUUUGGACGUAGUGAAUUGGAACUUACUGUUGUAGGCGCAUCGUCGGGUACGCUGCUUUGUCGUAGUACAACAAAAAAAAAACAACACGCAUAAAAUAAUCGAACGAACCUUAAACACACACACACACAAAACAAUAAUUCAACAUAAUCUUCUCUUUGAAAAAUAGCAAACGAACUAUUUUAAUCGUCUGCUUUGAUAUAUUUUUUAAAAUCAAAUU